CGGCUUCACACUUCUUGUUCUCCAGACCUUCCAGGGCGACAUUACAAGUCACGUCGAUGCCUGGAUAUUUAUCCUAAUGAUCAUCUUGCGAGUAGCCUCUACGGCCAGUCGCAAGACUCUCGGGACCAGUGCGCAAUGGAGCGUGGUUGCGCGCCGUCGGGGACUCUUGACCCUCGCCAUUGAAACCUCCUGCGAUGAUACCUGCGUUGCUAUUGUAGACAAGAACCAGUCUGGCGCCACUCGAAUCCAUUUCCUCGAGAAUAUCACCUCCGACUCGACAGCCUACCAAGGCAUCCACCCCGUGCGCGCUCUAGAAUCGCACCAAGAAAAUCUGGCAAACCUGGUCAACAAGGCCCUGCCAUAUCUCCCCCGCGCAUCGGAAUGCAAUAAUGAAGCUCGUGAGAUCAUCGCAUUAUCCGACGGCAACCGCCAAAGGCCUGAUUUCAUCUCCGUUACGCGCGGACCCGGCAUGCGCUCCAAUCUCUUCGUCGGACUAGACACGGCCAAAGCGCUCUCAGUCGCCUGGCAAAUCCCCUUCGUCGGCGUGCACCACAUGCAAGCGCACCUCCUCACCCCUCGACUCGUCUCGGCUCUCUCGCCCGACCCGCAAACCACCACCAGCAUCACCCCCGAGUUCCCCUUUCUCUCGAUCCUCGCUUCCGGCGGCCACUCCCUCCUUGUCCGCUCCUCCUCCCUCACCGACCACGAGAUCCUCGCCUCCACCGCCGACGUCGCCAUCGGCGAAUCCCUCGACAAAGUCGCCCGCGAGAUCCUGCCCCAGUCCCUCCUCCAAACCGCCAAAACAACCAUGUACGGCCCACUGCUGGAACAGUACGCCUUCCCCAACGGGCCCGCCGACUACGCCGACUACACCGCGCCCCGCACCCGCGGCGACGAACUCCGCAAACGAGUGUCCCCCUGGGGCUGGUCCCUGACGACUCCCUUCGCGCGAACCCGCCAGCUCGCCUUCAGCUUCGCCUCCCUGCCCACGGCCGUCUCGCAGAUCCUCUCGCGCAAGGCCCAGGCACACCAGCCGCUCGCCGACGACGAACGCGUCGCCCUCGCCCGAGAAGCCAUGCGCACUUGCUUCGAGCACCUCGCUUCCCGCACCGUCAUCGCCCUUGAGUCGCUCGCACCCUCGGAAUCGGCACCGCCCGUCCGCACCCUGGUCGUGAGUGGCGGCGUCGCGGCGAAUCGGUUCCUCAUGGCGCUGCUCCGGUCGUUUCUGGAUGUGCGCGGGUUCGGCCAUGUUGGGUUGGUGGCGCCCCCGCCGGCCCUGUGUACGGAUAACGCCGCGAUGAUCGGGUGGGCGGGCAUAGAGAUGUUCGAGGCCGGGUGGCGGUCGGAGCUAGCUUGUCGCGCGCUGCGGAAAUGGUCUCUUGAUCCGCGGGCGGACGAUGGGGGGGGGGUCUUGGGGGUUACUGGGUGGGGGAGAGUUGUAUAA